UGCGAGUGGGGGUGUCCGAUCUCCGGCUUUUUCUGGCGAAACUUGACGGACUUCAACCCCGGACGUCAAGCAGGGUUUUUGGUUUGCGUUGGCAACAACUGACACUUGAUUGACAGUCGUGCAAAAUACAAACUCAAGAAGGGUCGGAAUGUCGUGUUUUAAUUGUUAUAACUCGCGGAAAAUCGACGCCCAGCUGGUGGAUAAGAUUCUGGAUCGGGGGCAGCGGCUGCGGAGCGCCAUGGUGCAGGCGAUUUUGAACAACGACCCGUUUAACCAAGACGUCAUCUACCAGGAAAGUAAGUCGGUGCGACUGGAAGAUCUGCCCAAAGACAGCAACGAGAAAAUUCGGGCUUUCCUCCAAGGGGACGCGAUGUCCCGGGAGGACGAGAUUGUCACGCUGGAGACGCUGCGGUCGAUGUCUGCGGCUGACCUGUGUCGGGUGACGGAUAGGACCUAUGGGAGCGAGGAACCGUGUGAUUGUUUAACGUGUGUGGAGUAUCAAGAGAAGGAUUUAAAAUGCGACUUGAAGCGCGAAAGUAACGAAAUCACGCAGAAAAUCCAAGAACGGUACAAGAGCGAGGUCAGCAGCCACUUGAAGUUCGUGGAUUCGGUUAAAAUUUCCGUAAAUAGUGUCUUUCUGAACCAAGCUGGUGAUAAGAAAGUCGCUGAUAGUUUAAUCAAAGAGAAAGCGGCGGGAGUCGGACAGACGUUUUUUUUAGAGUAUCAAAUUCCAGAGGUUCUGGUCAAAAACCACCAAAAAGUCAAAACUAAGGUGGAUUCGGGGCUAGAUUCCGCUAACGUGGUACGACUGUGUUCACGCAGGACACACGGACAAGCUGUUAAUUUUAAACAAGUCUCAGUACAUGAUAUUAAUUUAACUAAAGUUAAGUUAGAAGAUGCCGUAAUUACGUUUCGCUUGAGUUUUCGUAAUUUUAAGCAGAAACAACCCGUUUCUUUGGGGGUUGCUAAGUUCAGUUUUAGUUCCUUUGAAGUGAGUAAAAAUUUCGUUUGUAAUCAAGAACUCACGAUUAGGUUGAGCGACAAAGCCCCGAUUACCGUGGGGGGCUUGAAAGUGUCGAUACAAUUGGGGUGUGGGCGCCUCUACUUCGGGAAGGAAUUUUUAGACGCCGUCACCACCAACAAAGAAAACUCAAUAGUCCUAGGAAGCGACGAUCUUAGCAGUACAGAGUCGGACUUUAUCGAAAAACUAGACUUUUACACCACAAACAACAACAACAACGAAAAAACUGCAGUCCAAAAAAAUACUCAAAAACCGAAAUUUGAGCACUUCGUUCCUAAGCUCAAACUAGUCCCUUCUAAAACCGAACUAGCACAAUCUAACCGACAACCGCACAGAAACCAGUUCAUAUCAAAAUCUGAACAAUUCAUAUCAAAGCCGCAGCCGGUUUAUCCAAAACCUCAAAUCAUAUCAAAACCGGAACCGGUUCUGCACGUCGUGGAACCGGUUCCUGAUACGUUGCGGCCUCAAAAACCGGUUCUGUUCGGUUUCGUCUACGUAUCUGAAGCUCAGUUCUCACGAGAAGCGUUGAAUUCGUACGUGACGUGUCAGAUGUUUGCGUCUGAUGACGUUUGCACUAGUAAAUUGGUGGCGUUUGAUUCCAACCCCAUAUAUAAUUUUUCCCAGCAAUUCCCGCUAGUAUGUGAAGACGAACUUCUCUUAACCUUGCGUGAGAAUUUCAUGGUAGUGGAGUUUUUUGAAAAAGGUCAGAAGGAUUUUUUGAUCGGGUUAUCCAAGCUUCCUUUGCACCAGUUCUACUUGGCGUACAGAAACCCGAUUAUUGUUAGGUACUUGUCGGAGCGAAAGCUUCCAGUCGUUGGUACCGAUGGCUGGGAGACCGUGUACAACCCCAACGACGGCGAAGUGGUCGGACAAGCUCAAUUCUUGGUCGCGUUAGGCACGAAGGAGCAAAUCGACAACCUUGAAACCGAGCGAGGUUUCAAAACCAACACGGUCAAAGCUAAAGUCACUCUAGUCCCGAAAACCGUCGACGUAGCAACCCAGUCGAUCAUGGAACCCAAAAAAGACAUCGAAUCGUUCCUGGAGCAAAUGGUAGCCCAGAAGAACCGCACCGUCGAGUCGGGUACAAACACCGGUCCCGAGAUUCGCAGCACUUCGGAUCUACUCGACUCAUUACAGAAAGCGCUUUCGAGCGAAACCCCCAAAGACAAGGACUCGUUUAGGGCUCAGGUGGUCAUAAACAGCGCCCUUCAUCUACCAAGCCGGCGAAAAUGUAAAUCGAAACGUUCGAAGGGCAGAAACGCCAAACACGAAGACAUCCUACCGAGCACCUACGUGACGUUCGAAGACCACACCGGCGACCUAAAAAUCACACCUAUAGUACCGAAAAGUACGACCCCGAAGUGGGAGUUCAAAUGUGAUGUAACUUUACCUGUAGAGUAUUUGACGGACAAUCAGAAGUUUCUAGUGUUUAAGGUGUGGCGCAAAUCCACCAAUACGACGAUGACACCUAACAUGCAGGCGGAUCAUGUGAUCGGCUUCGCCGCCGUUGAUUUGACGGUGCUGGCGGCGGGGUUGCCAAGUGUGCAGGGGUGGUUCAAUAUCAACGACUUAACGAAGAAGUGCAACGGACAAAUUAAUAUCCACGUGACUCCCUCUGAAAACGUACUCAAGUAUCACUGUCCUAAAACCCCGGAGGAGUCAAGCGCGCCUGUGCAGCCCCCAGAGCCCCCAUUCGAGCCCGGCGAGCUGCUCGGCCGCGCCCUCAAGCGCAAAUUCACCGAACUCGACGAAAUCACUCAGCGCCUAAGGUUACGCCUGUCUAAGGUGACCAACGACGAGUCGGACACUUCCAACGACGACGUCGCCGACGAGUUUGAGCGCGAUAUCAACACUCUGUGUAUCGAGGACGACUUCGACAUGCUCGAUUUCGAAAAGGAGGGUCACGGUUUUAAUUUGGAGGACGACAAAGAGGUGGGGUUGCUCCAGACGGAUCACUACAUGACUGAGAGUAAACAGAAGUUGGAUCAGAUGCUGGAGAAGCUGAGUUUGAUGUCGGGUGAGGCGUCGAGUCGGUACGUGUCGGGCUGCUCCGAGGGGCGACUGGACACGGAGGCGCUCUUGACCGAGCUCGAUUGCGGCUCGAGGCCCAAUUUACACUCUAGUGCUUCGUUUAGUCGGGAGAUGGCGCAGAAGUUCGGAUGUUUGAUGACCAGCGCGGUGGCCGAAGGACGGUCGGAGGGCGAAGGCAGCGUCAGUGAUACAAAAUCGAGUGAUUAGUGUGCAUUUUUACGUUUAACAUUUAAUAUAAAGGUCUAAGUAA